AUCCUGGUUGUCAUGAGUCAGGUUGAUUGAAUUUCUGAUGUUUGGCAUUACUGACCUCAUUCAUGUUUAAGCUUGUGUGUUCUACGCUUUGUAUGCGAAGUUUCUUAGCAAGUAUAGAGUUCCAAGGAAAAUUUCAUUUGUUCAUCUAAAAAUUUGAAAGAUCUAAAAAAUCAAUUAACAACAUUCCAACUAGUAUUAUGAGUACUGGUAGAGGAAGAGGGAGAGGUCGAGGAAGACAGCGUCCUGAAACUGUUCCUGGAUCAAGCUGUAGUAGUAACUUUCCGUCGCCGUCUGUAGAUCUUAUCCAGAGAGAGUCUUCUGCAGGUGCAGAAAGAGCACCUACAAGACAAGAUACAACUUUAGCUGUAGAGAGACUUUCAAUCAGUGAAAUCUCCAAAAAUGAAAAGAAAUUAGUUCCCAGACCCGGCUAUGGCACAGUUGGCCGUCCCAUUCAAUUGAUAACCAACUAUUUCCAAAUGAAGUUGAGCGGAGUUGUUUAUCACUAUGACAUAGAAAUAACCUCGCUCGAUCAGAGGAAGAAGUAUGGCAAGAACGUCGCGUCCAGGCAAAUCACCGCGGCAGAGGCUGCGCAAGCCGGCAUUUCCAGACUGGAACACGAAUUGAACCGUGGAGUCGGCAAGGUGAGGCGGAAGGAAGUUUUUGAUCAUUUUGUCCGGUCCAAUUCUCUCGAAAGCUUUAAUCCCGUGUUUGAUGGCGUGAAGAAUGUUUUCACGUCGAAGCUCUUACCGUAUAAGGAGAAAAACGUUUUCACCGUAGAGCUAGAGGUGGAACAAAAAAAACGGGGGUACGAAGUAGUCGUACAGCCCGUGAAAAAAGAGAGCGGGACCAAUAAGAUAUUCUUGGAGGCUCUGCAGAAUUCGAGCGAGAGCGAGGCCGAAGUGAUCAUGGCCUUGAAUUCGAUCAUGAACUACAGGCAUGCGGGGAGUCAGCAGAUUCAAGUUGGAAGAUCGUUUUUCUACCUUAAUCAGACCAACAAGAUAACUCUCGGUGAGGGACUCGAAAUUUGGUUCGGUUGUCACCAGAGCGUGCAUUCUACCGAGAAAGGAGCGGCCAUCGUCAUUAAUUUAGCGGCUAAAGCCUUUCACAAAGAGGGACCCGUCCUUGGUUACAUAAAUGACAUCCUUAGAAGGGAUGUUACGCGAGGUGAACCCAUGAAGCCAUACGAAAUGAAGAAUGUCAACGAUGCCCUGAAGGGAAUAAGAGUAGAAGUAACCCACCUCCCCUACCCGAGGAGGUUUAUAGUGGAAGGCAUUUCGAAAAAACCCGCUUCGGACAUGAACCUAAACACUGCGGAUGGUAAAGAUCUGACUGUUGCAAAAUAUUUUGAAAUGAGAUACGGACGUUUACGCUAUCCCUUCUUACCCUGUCUGUUCAUGCGGACCAGCAACAAGCAGACCUACAUACCCCUCGAGCAUUGUAAAGUCAUGAAAGGUCAGCCAAAGUUGGGAAAGUUGAGCCCCGCACUCGGUGCGAAGAUGAUCAAACAGACGGCGAUCAAUCCGGAUAGGAGAUUUCAAUCCAUUGCAAACAGUUCUCAGGACGUGUCUAAAGAGUGCGGCGAAAAGAUGAGGAACUACAACUUGCUGUUGGACCUGCGUAACAUCCGGGUCAACGGAAGAGUUUUGAAUUUUCCGACCCUCGCUUACUACGAGCAAGGUGUCGUCACCCCCGAUCAACGCGGCGUCUGGAAUUGUAAGCGGUUUUUCAGAUCUCAGAACGAGAAUUCGUGGAUCAUAAUAGAUUUCGCGGAGUGCAACGGGAAGAUGAUCGACACCUUCGAACAGUACUUCAAGGCCGCCGGAAACAAAGUGGGACUGAAUUUCGGUCCUCCGUGCGACGUGAGGCACUGCGGAAGAAACGUGACUGCCGAGAUAGCACUGAGAGAAGCGGAAAAGACGAGAGCCGCCUUCGCGAUCAUCAUCCUUUCCAGGAGGGAUCGUUUCCAUAGCUACGACGAAAUCAAAUUCAUCGCCGAUUAUCAGCUGCGGUUUAUAAACCAGUGCAUAGACUCCAACGUGUUGGGUCGCAUCAACGAUCAGAUAGCCACCAACUUGUGCCUCAAGUUAAACGCCAAAUUAGGAGGAGUGAAUCAUAUCCUGAGGAACAAGCUCAGAGUGUUCACGAGACCGGUCAUGAUUCUGGGCGCUGACGCCGUGCACUCACCCCGCGGUGCCAGAUGCCCCUCCAUCGCGGCCGUCGUCGGGAGCAUGGACGCCUUCCCUUCCAAGUACAAAAUAGCGUGCCGAGUGCAGGAGAACCCAGACGGGAACAAGAUCUCGCAGGAGUUGAUUUUGGAGAUGCGGCCGAUGGUGGCCAAUUUACUGAAGGCGUUCUACGACAACACGAGGGGUAAGCACCCCGAUAAAAUCAUAUUCUUCAGAGACGGGGUCAGCGAGGGACAGUUUCAGAAAACGUACGAGUACGAAGUGAGCGAGAUACAGAAGGCCUGCCAGGACACAUUUCAAAUAAUCAUACCCAUCACUUUCAUAGUGGUACAGAAGAGGCACCAAACACGGUUCAUACCGGCUAAUACUAGAGAUGGUGUGGGCCGUCACGGUAAUAUCCCACCCGGCACGACCGUGGAUAGGGAUAUAGUACACCCGCACCGGUUCGACUAUUUCCUGAACAGCCACGAGGGGAUCCAGGGUACCAGCAAGCCUGCCCACUAUACAGUUCUUCACGACGACAACAAGUUCAGCCCUGACGAACUUCAAGAGCUUUCCUACCACUUGUGCUACACGUACAACAAAUGCAACAGAUCUAUAUCCAUUCCAGCCCCGGUGAAAUACGCAGAUCUGGCCUGCUACCGUGCUAAGAAAUUUGCCGAUUUUCAUCUGCAGAGGGAACAGGACAGUUCGUCUUGUUCGAGUAGCUCCAGCGUCCACCUGUCUGAUUAUGCGAGGGAUGCCAUCAACACGAUGGGUGACACGGGAAGAAACUUUUUCUUUGUUUAGUUUGUUUUAUUUCGUGAUAAAGUUUUAUGCCGUCCCGAGUUUAUUUAUUAAAAAUUCAUGAAUUGUGAUACUUUUGUGCCUGAGAUGUAUGCGUUAAUAUAUAGUUUUUUGUAAAUAUAAGAA